AUGGGUCAGUCUCACUCAUCAGAGCCGCCGAAGGAGGUACCCAUCGAACAUCUAAGCCACGAGCUGGCACUUCGCUUUGCCAGCAAAUGCUACACGCACUUGGAGAUAGCUCACUACAAGGACAACUUCAAGACCCUUGCAGACCAUCAGGAAGACGUGGAAUACUGGAAAGAAGACACAUUAUGUCGCUUCUUGGCCUUGCCAGAACCUCUCAAAGCAGGACCUGUGCUCUAUCGCAUGUGCAGCUACCUGGGAGCCUUUCCAUUUCCCAGUCUGGCGCCAUGCAUCUUGACCCGUGAAGCCAUGCUCAAGGUCAUCACCAUCAUGACAGGUAGGUACAAGAAGGUCUUGAGGCGUGGUGACCAGGACAAGGUCAAGCUCUUGUUCCGGAGUUUGGCUGUCUUCGAUCGACGGUCUAGUAUGCCUCCGCCAAGGGAGCAACCCACUAUGGAAGAUGUUGUCAAGGACCAACUCCCGGACGACAUGCUGAAAGAGCGAGAAGUAGAAGAAGGCGUCCGCUCGCAUGUUGACGGUUUCGCUAUUGAUGAGCCGCUAAAUGAUGAUGAGGACGAAGACGACGAUGACCUUGCCCUAGCAGCGCUGGAUGCUCUUGAUGCCAUUGAAGUCUUCAAGCAUGAUCAGAAGACCGACCGAAAGAUCAACCGCGCGAUAGUCCCAGCACAGAACCUCAAAAACUUGGUCAUGCUCUUGCUCCUGAUCGCAGGCAUCGAGCCAUUGACUCCCCUCGGCAUAUACGGCGAGAGUUUGGACCAGAAAGAGCGGCUCCAAGGCCUCAGCGAUUCAGCAGAUGCCGUUGUAGCAGCCUUCGACCCAGACUCACAUGGCGAAGGCAUCCGAUAUUCCAAUUUUGUAAAAACCAUCACAACCACGUUACCAGAUCUCUUCAUCCCCUUCAGCGCCUUGUUCGAGCACUUCCUUUUCAGCAAGAACAUUAACCUCAGUAAACACCGCGACACAGCCGUCCAACCCACUCUUGAGGCCCUCGAGACAAAAGCGUCCCCAAUAUACAAGUCCCCAGAAGACACCACCUUCAGCACCAUCCUCACCAACACGCUCCUGUCCCAACUGUCCAUGUUCCUGAAACUGUCCACCUCUCCUACGUCGUCAAGUCCGUCGCUGCAAAACAUCUUCUCCUCCAACGCCCGCUUCAAUCAACUCUACUCGACCUCGUCGCACGGAACGUCUCUCUCCUCCUUCCACCGCCAGGUCCUCUCCUGGACAUCCAGCACCCUCGUGCUUAUCAGCGGCACGAAUGACAAUAAACCCGUCCUUAUCGGGGGCUACCUCCCCGAACCAUGGCGUGAGAAACCCCCCGCCCUCACUCCAGAAUCACCUGCAAGGUUCUCCACGCUCUUCCAACUCCUCCCCCGCCACGCCGUCUUCCCGGCCAACACCUACAACCGCACCAUCCCGCCUUCGUACUUUAAUUCAAAAACAGGGAUAGCAUUAGGUUGCAUGAUUCCUCCUUCAACCUCGCGCACCGGUCCCCCUCCGGCACCAAUUCUAGGACCCGUAAGCAUCCUGAUCGACGGAGACAUGGAAUCCGUGACAUUCAACCACGACGGCUCCUCCGGAUCGGGUGCAUUCGUUACCGAUCCAGGUCUGGAAGUGGCGCAGACUCACCGCUCCGACGCUGUCCAAGCGAAGAAAUUUACAUUCGACCUCGACACGCUGGAAGUCUGGGGCAUAUCCUUCCCGCUUGGCGCCCGCUCGGGCUCCGCGGCUGGGGAGGAGGACGAUGAAAUCACGAAGCAAAGAAAGAGGUUGAAAUGGGAGGAAGAAGAGGCUGCAAGGCGGAGGGGCGUGAAUUUCGGGGGCGAUAAGGACGGGGCGAGGGCGCUCUUGGAGAUGGCGGGCUUAGUAGGCGACAAGGCUGGUCAUAGGAGUGGCGGAAGCGUAUGA